CACGACCGGAUGGAGGAGUCCAGCUGACACACCAAGACGAGUCUCUGUCUCUAGGGAAGCUUGGGGUUCAGCUCCUUUUAUUUCGAGAGAACCUGAACUGUGAGUAUGCCUUGAUUUCAACUGCAUAAAUGAUGCUUUUUUUUCGGUUACAGUUUGAUUAUCUGGAUAUUAAAAAUGAAACCUGCUUCAUGGUGACUAGCAACAGUUGCUUCUAGAACCCUGAGUAAACUGCUUGAAUGAUACCUCUGCCUUGACUUGACUUGAAAUGAGGCUGUGUCUUCUUAGUUACUUGAAGUACUUUAGGAUGCUGGAGCAAAUACAAUUUUUGAAGCAUGGCCUGAAUGAUUCAGUCAUUAUCAAGUCAAACUACAAAUGUAAAAGGCUGCUACCACUGCCAAACAGGUCAGGAGACUGUCCGAUCUGACUAUCUGGCAGCUGUGACCACGCGACUUGCUUUUGUUGGGCCAGCUUGCUCUCCUGUGCACUGUUACAAGAGUCUGCCUAAUGAGGAAAAAUCUGAAGACAUAAAAGCUACACUCAAAGAACAUGUCAUUUAGCACCUUUACUUUCUGAUCCCUGCAGAAGACAAUGAGAAGUCACACGGUGACGAUGACGACAGCUUCAGUCAGCAGCUGGCCCUGCUCUUCCCAGGGCGUGCACCUCCUAACUAAUCACAGUGUCCAAUCGCCACACAACUUUUCAGGAGCAUCAAAUUUUACCACCUGUUCCAUGGAUGAAACAUUACUCUCCAGUGUGUUAACAACAUUCUACUCUGUUAUUUUUAUCAUGGGCCUGGUUGGCAACAUAAUUGCCCUCUACGUAUUCCUGGGUAUCCACCGCAAGCGAAAUUCCAUUCAGAUUUACCUACUUAAUGUAGCCGUUGCAGACCUCUUACUUAUCUUCUGCCUCCCUUUCCGAAUAAUGUAUCACAUUAACCAAAACAAGUGGACACUAGGUGUGAUUCUUUGCAAGGUUGUGGGGACACUAUUUUAUAUGAACAUGUACAUUAGCAUUAUUUUACUUGGAUUUAUCAGUUUGGACCGCUACAUAAAGAUUAAUCGGUCUAUACAACAACGGAAGGCAAUCACAACCAAGCAGAGUAUCUAUGUUUGCUGUGCAGUGUGGAUAAUUGCUCUUGCUGGAUUUUUAACUAUGAUUAUUUUGACCCUUAAGAAAGGAGGUCAUAAUUCCACAAUGUGUUUCCAUUACAGAGAUAAGCAUAAUGCCAAAGGAGAAGCAAUUUUUAACUUCAUUCUUGUGGUAAUGUUCUGGCUAAUUUUCCUACUAAUAAUCCUUUCAUAUAUUAAGAUUGGCAAGAAUCUAUUGAGGAUUUCUAAAAGGAGGUCAAAAUUUCCUAAUUCCGGUAAAUAUGCGACCACAGCCCGGAAUUCCUUCAUCGUACUUAUCAUUUUUACUGUGUGUUUUGUUCCCUAUCAUGCCUUCCGAUUUGUCUAUAUUUCUGCACAGCUAAAUGUGUCAUCUUGCUAUUGGAAGGAAAUUGUUCACAAAACUAAUGAGAUCAUGCUGGUUUUCUCAUCCUUCAAUAGCUGUUUAGAUCCAGUCAUGUAUUUUCUGAUGUCCAGUAACAUUCGCAAAAUAAUGUGCCAACUUCUUUCUAAACGAUUUCAAGGGGAAGCAAGCAGGAGUGAAAGCACUUCAGAAUUUAAACCAGGAUACUCCCUGCACGACACAUCUGCUGCAGCUAAAAUUCAGCCUACUUCUUAAAGCACUUGAGGUAAACAUGUUAAAAAGAAUAAAAUACAGCCUCUCACUUCCUUGAAGAACAAAAAAUUAUGAAACAAAGCUCUAGCAUUUACAAAGCUCAGAUCUUCCCUAAGUUCUUUUCUUAUUUGUGAUAGUUCAUUUCCAUAAUUGUAAGCUAUUUCAAUGGAAAGCUUAUACUCAUGACUAGAUUUUAAAUGUGUAUAUAAAAUUUUAAAAAAUAUAUUGUUAGGCUAACAACAGAUUAUAAAAAUAAAUGAAAUUUAUCGUUCUUAACCACAGAAUAAUUAAAUAAAAUGUCCUAAUUUCUCAAGUCACUAAAGUAUUCAAAAUCAAGUAUCUAAUACUAAUUUAAAGUGUGUUUAAAAGUUAAAUGAUUUGAUGACCAACUUAAAAUGUCAGAAAAUAUACGUUCAUUGUCAUUUUAAAAGCUGUAUAACUUGCCACUGUAUUCAUUUAUGUCUAAGCCUCUAUUAACAGAUGAAAUGAUAAUUAAUACAAUUCUAAUAAAGAAUGAAAUCACCCACUAUC